AUGCCUGUGGACAACGUACUCGUCGGCCGCUUGGCAUUGAUCACUGGUCUGUCUUCCUGGCACUCUUGCUAGCCUCACCUCACUUGACGGGCCGGAGGAAACAGGUCGCUGACACUAUGAACUCGCGCUACAGGCGCUUCGGGAGGGUAGGUGCAAUGCACGGCACUUAAGAGAUUGCCAUGUAACUCACUCAUGAUCAAUUUCAAGCAUUGGUGCAGCAUGUGCCAGAGAUCUUAACUCGGAAGGUUGCGCUCUGGCGCUGACGUAUUCCUCCAACAAAGCCGCAGUUGAUCAACUGAUCGCGGAAUUAAUACCAACUUCCAGUGGCCGCAAAAUUACCGCCCACCAGGCGGACAUGUCCAAGGAGGAAGACCUGACUCGACUAUACGGUGAGAUCAGCGCUGAGCAUGGCCAGCGACCGGACAUUCUCGUUGCCAAUGCCGGCUAUGGAAAGCGCACGUCAAACAUCUUGGACAUAAGCUUCGAAGAAUGGGACUACACCAUCAACGUGAGAUUUGUGCCAAGAUCGCAGUUUUACUCCAUUGGCUGAUAUACGAGUGAACGAACAUUUAGGUCAACCUUCGCGCCAGCUUCAUCCUCACCAAACUCGCCGUCUCUCACAUGAUGGAAAGGAACUGGGGCCGAAUCAUUUACAUCUCCUCCAUCGCAGCGGGCGGCACCUCCAUCAACGGCUGCCACUAUUCCGCUUCCAAGGCCGGCAUCCAAGGCCUCUCCAAGAACCUCUCCAUCAAACUCGCCAAGAAUGGAAUCACAUGCAACGACGUGGCGCCCGCCAUGAUUACCGGCACGGGAAUGAUCCCCGACGAGGAAUUCUUGAAAGGCACGCCGGGCGAUGUGAAGAACAUUCCCGUAGGCAGAGCAGGAACGACGCUGGAAUGCGCUAAUGUGGUCACGAUGCUGUGUAAGACGGGAUAUAUGACCGGGCAGAGUAUUUUGAUUUCUGGUGGCUUGAAAUAA